AUGUCGGAGAACACCCCACUCGACCAGUUAGCGGACGCUGCAGAUCGUAUUUUCUCCCAACUGGAUCACCAAACGACACCAGUACUCAGUGCUGAAACAUCCAGUGACCACAGGUCCUUGGAAAAAGCUGUGGAAGAACUACAGCGGCAAGUCAGAGACCUGACAUUUUCUCUAAAAAACCGUGGUCGAAACCGGUUUCCUCCCCGCCGUCGUUUGAGGAGUCGACGAGUGAGAGCGACUAAUCUUGCUGAUCUAUCUAUCUAUAUAUCUGAAUCUGUUCGUAUCUAUCUAUCUAUCUAUGGCUUUCAAUAUCUAUUCAUAUCUAUCUAUCUAUCUAUCUAUCUAUCUAUCUAUCUGAAUCUGUUCAUAUCUAUCUAUCUAUCUAUCUAUCUGAAUCUGUUCAUAUCUGAAUCUGUUCAUAUCUAUCUAUCUAUCUAUCUAUCUAUCUAUCUAUCUAAAGGGUUUGUUCAUAUCUAUCUAUCUAUCUAUCUAUCUAUCUAUCUAUCUAUCUAUCUAUCUCUAUUUAUCUCUCUAUAG